GCAGGGCUGCACCCCAGCCUGGCUCCUGCCUGCUUCCUGCCUGCGCGGGGCGGGGGAAAUAUAAACACCGGCAUCUCGGGCGGCGUCGGGAUGCUGCCGCCGGACAGGCUGCGCCGGGGAGCGGAGGCAGCGCCGGGAAAGGUGCACGGCUGAAAUGCUGUUGGAGGAAAGCUGCUCCCUGCUUGGCUGGGCUGGGGGUGCCAACCUCCCUCCUGCUCUCUGGGAGAAGACCCCUUCCCAGCAUGGGGCAUGUGUGGAGGAGGCAGAAGGACGCCUAGCAUCUCCUGGCUUUCCAAGCAUGCCCCGGCAGGGCGGGGGAGCAGCCCUGAGGGCGGGCAGGGCUUUCCACCCCAGGGGCAGUCAGGGGCUGCACAUGCGAGCAUUGAACCCUCAACGGCAGGGCUCUGGCAGCAUUUCCUACCACCCCAGGCGAUGCUGUGCAGUCCCUGGAGAAUAAAAAUGAGUUAAAGAAAACGGAGGCAAAAGAAAAGGCACUAUGGAGACCCCGACUCACCCUUUACACUUCAUGCUGGCUUCGUUCUAUGCCUGCACAGCCCCCCAACUCGGUAGCCAGGUGGGGCAUGAACUGGUAAGUGAGGUUUUAAACCCCUUGCCAUUCCCAGCACAUCUGCGUGGGGCAGUCAUCGCUGCCUCUGCCCUCCAGAGAAACCCUGCAGUGUACUUGUAGGAACUGCUGGGUGGCGAUAACCCCCACGGGAUCCCUCUCAGCAGGAAUGGGAAUGGCUCCCAUCCCACAGGCUGAAUCUUAGAAGUCUGCUUUAACACUGACUAGGGCGGAGAAAUGAGGGGUACAGCACAGUGGUUACAGAAGCCACAGAACCUAAGUGUACAGAAAUAAAUGGGAUUUAUGAUUCAGCUGCUGGGCACAGGCAGACCAUGCAACACCCUUAAAAGUGCCAUCUGCCAGACCUGGGUUAGCACAGCCUGCACAGAGACCUCCAGUGUAGGGGCUGGCUGGCUCACAGGGCUGGGGGGGGCAGGGCAGCCCCACUGGGGGGGUGUCCCAUCUGCACCCACACCCUCGCCACACUUAUUCAGGCCUUUUACAGCUGCUAAUGAGCUACUCAUGCAGCGAACUUGCUUAUUUGUGGAUACAAGUUCACCAUUCAAGCAAAAAUAGCAAGAAAGCGGUAAGGAUGUGAACUAGAAGCCUACCCACAAGAUCUGACCUACUUUGGCUUUUAAAAGACAGACUUACUUUGCUGGGAGAAGAGCUCCACGACUGGUUUCAGCCGUUCCCUCCAGAGAAAAAUGCUCUUCAGGGAGGAGGGCGGGGGGAAUGAAUAAAGCAGUGAUCUGUGGUUGAAAAAUCUCCUUUUCCAUCAUAUUUAUUUGGAACUAGAGCAGGAUUUCUCAAAGCAGAGCUGUUGUCAACAGAAGCAGGUCCAUUUGGGCUGCUCCACUUGGUGGGUAGGAUAUUCCCUGUCUUUUCCACUCUUCCCCCUCUCUAGAUUGGCUGUAUUAUAAUGCAACAGUUUAAUUGUAUAUUUUCUCUUUGAGGCUGAAAAUCAAAGAUGGCAGACCCUGAAAGCACGGUCAUAAACACCGAUGUGAAACAGAAAGACCCCAGCAAGGCACUGGUCAUUGCGGUGACCACCAGAGCCAUCUUCAACCUGGAGGAGGAGCACAGGCUCUACCUGGAGAAGGGCAAGGAGGAGUAUGCAAGGCACCAGCAGGCUAACCAGGACAAGCCCCUGCCCCCGGGCACGGCCUUCACCUUCAUCCAGGCAGUGCAGUACGUGAACAAGAUGAUCCUGGAGAGCAACCCAGCAGAGGACGAGCUCUUUGACAUCCUGGUGCUCUCCAACAACAGCCCAGAGAGCGGUGUGCGCAUCAUCAACAGCGCCAAGCACUACGGACUGGAGAUCUCCAAGUUCUGUUUCGUCAGCGACAAGGACUCCACACAGUACCUGAAGUCCCACGGGGUCAAGCUCUUCCUCUCAGCUGACAGGGCAGAUGUCUGCAAUGCCCUCCGCAGAGGGGUCUCGGCAGCACUUGUCUUCCAGCAGGAGGUACAGACCCCCAGCAACCCGCUCCGCGUGGUGUUCGACGGGGAUGCCGUGCUCUUCUCUGAUGAGACGGACCAGGUCUUCCAGGAACAGGGGCUGGAGAGGGCGGUGGAGUACGAGCGGGCAAUGGAGGCUGUGCCCAUGGGAGAGGGGCCCCUGAAGGCUUUUGCCAUGCACCUUGGGAAGAUGCGCAAGAAGUUCAGCCAGGAAAAAUCCCCCAUACGCACCUACCUGGUGACCGCCCGCAGUGGCCGGGACAUGGGCAUCCGAGCCAUCAAGACACUCCAGGAAUGGGGUCUGGCCAUCGACGAGGCUUUCUUCAUGGACGGGGCUCCCAAGGGCCCCAUCCUCGCCCAGAUCCAACCUCACAUUUUCUUUGACGACAGGCUUUACAACAUCCAGGGGGCUCAAAAUGUGGGUGUACCCUCUGCCUGGGUCCCCUCCUGCUGCUGAUGGGAGGGAGGACUGCUGGCCUGCAGCCCAGGGGACUGGGCCAGCUGAAGGUGGAGAGGGAAGGAUUUCCUAACCUACAGUGAGCAAACCUCAGGGAAAGGGGGUAAAAGCAUUGCAGGAGAGCACUGACCACCAGGCAAGACUUGAUGCUCAUUUCUGCUCCCAAUACAAGGUCUUUUAGGUCAUAGAGUAAAGCCAAGAUGCAACUGCUCCACGAAGGAAGGACACCUCUGCUGUGACACUGAGGACUACCACCUACCUGCCCCAUAGGACCUGGGGGCAUUUCUCUCCUGCAAAGAAAUAAACGAAGCUAUUGCCCCACACAUGAGCUAAAGGGAGCAUGAAACUGAGCUUUGAAUAAAAACACUAGCUUUGGCUGUGCCCAGGCAGCACCUGAGAUUUAGUCUCAGGACCUCUGCCCAAAGGAAGCCCUCAAGUCCCUGCCUCAUCAGACACACUCAGCUUUGGUUUCCCAAGGAGGAUGCUAGUAAAUCCUUCAGGCAGCUCCAGCCAAACUCAGCAGAGGAAGAAAGACUUCAAAGCUGUAAAGGACCUGCAAACAUUUUGGAAAUGGGUGACCAGGUUGAAGAAAGCAAGGCCAAGCUGUUCACCUUACAGAAGGGGUUCUAGCACAAGCCACCUUUCCUCAGGCAUACAGGCUGCUCACAGCACCCUUUGGAGACCCAGACCUGUAUGCAGGACACUUGGCUGCUGGAGCUGGACCAGCUCUGAGGUCCCUGCAGGAGACAGCGCUGUCACAGAGCUCCAGUGUCCCACCAGGAGAGGGCACUGGAGACGGGCAGCCUCCAGCACAAGCCACGCAGGGACCAGAGCCACAGACCAGUACGGCGGGAGGCAGGGCAGGGCUGCGUGCCCUGAGCUUAAAUGGGUCUCCAGGGCUGUGGGUGGAGCGUGGGGGUGGGGGUCCCAGGUGGGGGUCCCAGGUGCAGCUGCUCAGGGCAGCUGGGUCCGUUGAGGGGUGCUCAGAACCCUGCCUGGCACCAAGCCAGCCCACGUGCGGGGGGGGGAUGCCUCUCCUCUGGCAAUUUGGACUCUGCUUUUCAUUUGCCCCGGGAGCAAGCGGCCCCCCAAGGUUCACUGGCAGGUUCCUUUCCCCAGGGCUGGAUGUGAGUGGCCGACACUAGAGACCACUGUGCUGCCCAGGGACCCAGCACCCCGAAUCCUGGGGAGCUCCCCAGAACAGCCUCGCAAAGAAACAGAGACUGGCUGCUCAGGGCAGUGCCUGCUGCAUGGCAGCGGGAUUAUGGAUGGAGGAGACAAAGGCGAUGGUGGCUUAGUUUUUUAAUCUCAGUGUAAUCAGAAAGUAAAUUUUUUAAAGGCUUCGCAAGCAUCAAUCUCACCAAUGCUUUUUCCCCCCCAAUAAAUAAAUAAACGAGCAUCCCUGUGUGA